UCUCUAUGUCAUACGGGUCAUCAUGCGUAGGCGAAUAUGGAUCCUUCAGUACAACGGGACACAUCGUUCUCCUCCUUCUGGUUGCACAAGAAGGAUCUCGUGUCUGUCCGUCAGCCAGAUUGACACCGGUAUGAACUGUGAACCAUCCAUUCUCGCAGCUUCACCGCCGUGCCGCCAUAGCCGAAGCGUGAAGGGAGUCCGAGACGGGAGUCCGGAAGGGGAACCGGGAGUGCUGGACAGAAGAGUCGAACUUGCUCUAGUACACAAGAACAUAAAUAUCUGAAGACAUCUCCUUCGAAACAACGGAAAGACACCCAGCCAUCAGCCCCAUCCUCACACUUGUUCAACCAUCACCCAACUUACAACAAGCCCAACAAUCCCACCUCUCAAAAAAUGAAGGUCACCGCUAUCCUCUGCACCCUCAUGGCCGCCGUUGCCGUCACUGCCUCGGCCGUGCCCGAGAUCGAGGCUCGCGACGUCUGCGGCCCCGGCUACGGCGGCGACCAGCGGCGCACCAACAGCCCCUGCGCGGCUUCCAACGGGGACCGCAACUUCUGCGGCUGCGACAGGACCGGUGUGGUCCAGUGCCGCGGCGGCAAGUGGACCGAGAUCCGAGACUGCGGCUCUGGAACUUGCCAUGGCGGCAACGAUGGUGGUGCUGUGUGCUAGAUUCCGAGCGGGUAGCAUACACCAUAUGGUGAGACCUGCCAUCUGAUUUGUUGGCAGGAUAGGGGGCCAGUGCGAAAAUUGGGAGUUCGAGAAGAGGGCGAUAUGACAGGAAGAUUCAACAUCAACCGGAUGGCCUACUCUUCGGGGACCACACGCUCGUUAGCACUAGCCGGACACUUACUUAGCACAUAAAUCUGAUGGAGUCAUGAGCUAUUCUUGUCCCUGUGGUCUUG